AUGGACGGAAAUAUUGAUGGAUUGUCGGGUAAAGGCUCUACGUUGCAAGAUCCAACUUCUUAUAUUAAAGUUGAUUUGAAACACAUACAAAUUCUUCCUUCAAAUGAAUUUAUCAACUCAACAAAAGAGACCAAGCUUGCAUUUCUGUUUCGUUAUACUUCUCAUUUAAUUUCAAUUAGCUUGAAUAAUAUGGAAUACGAAAUUACUAUUCCAUUGAAUCAAAUUGUUGUAAUGAAGAUUACAAAGGAUCAAGAGAUUGCUAUAGAGCUCAAGCGAAAUUUCAAAAAAUCGCACUAUCAUUACUCUAAAGGGAAUGGAAAUCCUCCAAUAAUAACAAUAUGCUCGGAUCCGACUAACGGAAAACUAAAUGAUGCAGUUUAUAUUCUUUUUAAACCAAUGCAUUGGGUGGAGAACAAUACCCUUUUGAUGGUUGAAGCUGGAAUGCAAAGAUUACGGUUUAAUUUGGCUAGAGUAACUGAUGAUGGAUUUCCAGGAAGUAGUUCGAGGGUAAAGCAAGAUUUACUUAUCAGUUCAAGUGGAAGUUUGGCGGACUCGCAAACACAGCCACCAGUUUCGCAGCCACGAGUCAUGGAAGAUCUACUUUCUUUCACCGAAAGUGAGCCUGGAGUACUUUAUCCUGUUGUAAAUAGCACAUCCACGGUUCAUGAUAAUGAGGUCACAGAGUUCUAUAUCACAUGCGUGUUUCUAACUGAAAGACGCGCAAUACUUUUUUCUCAAGAAGGUUCCUUCAAUCAAUUCAUUGAACACGUUCAACAACGUUUUGGAUCAUCAUUCAAUAAUAUUUAUUAUAAAAAUAAAGUGGAUGAAAUGAUUUCUCUUAAAGAUGAUGAAGAUUGGGAUGUCGCGAAGUGGGAAGCAGAAAUGGAAGGCACAAUAAGACUGAAUAUCUAUAUGGGGUGA